GUGCCCUGCGUGGGGCGCGGCGGCCGAGGCGGGAAGCGCGAGCGGUGGCGCCAUGGCCCCGGCGUGGCAGCAGCCCUUCCUCAACGUCUUCAGACACUUCAAGGUGGACGAGUGGAAGCGGUCCACCAAGGAGGGGGACGUGGCCGUGGUGACGGACAAGACCCUGAGGGGCCGCGUGUACCGCAUCCGGGGCUUGGUCCCUGCCGGCAGCUACAUCCAGCUCCCCAGGACCAGCACACAGUCCCUGGGGCUGACGGGGCGCUACCUGUACCUGCUCUUCCGGCCCCUGCCCAGCAAGCACUUUGUCAUCCACCUGGACGUGGCCACUGAGGACAGCCAGGUCGUCCGCGUGUCCUUCUCCAGCCUCUUCAAGGAGUUCAAGUCCACGGCCACGUGGCUUCAGUUCCCCUUUGUCUUCGAGGCCAGGACAUCCGAGAGAGACCUGGCGGGUGCGGCGCCCCCGGGCGCCCGCUGGACCUUCCUGCAGCUCGACCUGCAGGACACCCUCCUGCUCUACCUGAACCGCAGCUACAGCCACCUCAAGAGUGUCAGGCUGUGCGCCAGCCUGCUGGUCAGGAAUCUGUACACCAGCGACCUGCGGUUUGACCCAGCUGUCACUGUCACGGGGGCCCAGAGGGCCAAGCUGCCCGUCACUCCUGUGCCUCGAGAGAUGGCGUUCCCGGUGCCGAAGGGGGAGAGCUGGCACGAGCGCUAUGUCCAUGUCCGGUUUCCACGCGACAGCAUGGAGAUGCCUCCGGAGCGGGCUCCCAAGAGCUGUUCUCCUGCAGAGGCAGUCCUCCUGGGCCCUGUGCCGCGGCCUCUCCCCGGCCUGGUGGCCGGCAGCAAACCCAUGCAGGACAGCGUGUCCCCUACGGUCCAGACUCCCAGCCCCACAGCCCCCUGCCAGGCCCCUGUGGCGCCCAGGCCCCUCCCAGAGGUCAGCCUGUCCUGCGAGUGCUCGGAGAUCCCCAGCCUGGGUGGCCCCAGCGUGCGCAGCCGAGAGCCGUCGGCCCAGAGAGAGUCCGCCACUGUGGACGUGGCCGCCGACGGUGUCCACGUUUUUGCUCACGAGUCAGCUGUGGUGCCCAUGGCCCUUGGGGACACCGGCUCCCGAGAACCUCCUGGCAGGAAGCAGAGCUGGCAGGAGGCAGCGUCGGGCAAGAAGGUCCCUGGACAGAGACACUUCCUCCCGGACCCGAUCCUGAGGCUCAAGAGGGUCAUCGGCUUUGGGGGCCACAGCACCAAAUGGGCCCUGUGGACCAAGGACGGGGCGGCUGUUGUCUACCCCUGCCACGCGGCCAUCGUCGUCCUGCGCAUCCACACGGGGGAGCAGCGCCUCCUCCUCGGCCACACGGACAAGGUCUCUGCCCUGGCGCUGGACGGCGGCGGCGUGCUGCUGGCCUCGGCCCAGGCACGGCCGCCCUGCGUGCUGCGGCUCUGGGACUUCCAGACCGGCGCGUGCCUGUCCCUGUUCCGGAGUCCGAUGCAGGCUGUCAGCGUCCUCAGCUUCUCCGGCAGCGGGGCCGUUCUCUGCGGUGUCGGCAGGGACCGCCACGGGAGGACGGUGGUGGUGGCUUGGGACACAGGCCCGGUGGGCCGCGGCGGCGAGGUGGCCGUGCUCGCCAAGGUGCACACUGACUUUGACGUCCAGGCCUUCCGGGUUGCCUCCUUUGAUGGGACCAGGAUGGCGUCGUGCGGGCAGGGCAGCGUGCGGCUGUGGCGGCUGCGUGGUGCGGUGCUGCGCUCCUGCCCCGUGGACCUUGGGGAGCACCGAGCGCUGCAGUUCACCGACCUGGCCUUCGGGCCGGCCCAGGACGGCUGCCGGGAGUCCUCGGCCCAGACGCUCUACGUGUGCAGCCGCGGCGGCCACGUCCUGGAGAUCGACCCCCAGCGCAGGGCCGUGCGGUGCGCCCGCUGCCUGCUGCCCACGCGGACCUCCAGUGGCCCCCACCCGCAGACGCAGACCCUCAGCUCAGGCCCCGGCGUCACCAUCAGCAGUCUCAGUGUGUCCCCGACGCUGUGUGCCGUGGGCUCCGAGGACGGCUCCCUGCGGCUCUGGCCCCUGGACUUCUCCUCGGUGCUCCUGGAGGCGGAGCACGAGGGCCCCGUCAGCUGGGUCUGCGUCAGCCCCGACGGCCUCCGUGUGCUGUCCGCCACCGCCACGGGCCACCUGGGCGUCCUGGACGUCCCGUCGCGGGAGUACCGCGUGCUGGCCCGCGCCCACACGGCCCCGGUGCUGGCGUUGUCCACGGAGCGGAGCCGUGGGCACCUGGCCACCGUGUCCCAGGACCGCACGGUUCGCAUCUGGGACCUGGCCACCCUGCGGCAGCUCUAUGACUUCGCGUCCCCCGAGGACGCCCCGUGUGCUGUCACCUUCCACCCCACGCGGCCGGCCUUCUUCUGUGGCUUCAGCAGCGGGGCCGUGCGCGCAUUCAGCCUGGAGGCCGCCGAGGUGCUGGUGGAACACACGUGUCCCCGAGGAGCCAUCACGGGCCUGGCUGUCACUCCGGACGGAGGCCUCCUGUUCAGCUCCUGUUCUCAGGGCAGCCUGGCCCAGUACAGCUGUGCCGGGCCCCGGUGCCACGUCCUGCGCGUGGCAGCCAACGUCGUGUGCCCCAAUGCUCCCCUGAGCCCCAACACCCUGGCGGUCAGUGGGGACAGCCGCCUGCUGGCCUUUGUGGGCCCCUCCAAGUGCACAGUGACCGUCGUGGACCCGGCCUCCCUGGACGAGCUGCUGCGGGUCGAUGUCGGCACCCCAGGCCCGGACUCCGCAGUGGCCGUCUGCUUUGGUCCCACGGCCCUGGGCCACCUGCUGGUGUCCACGUCGUCCGGCAGAGUCGUGGUGCUGGAUGCCACGUCAGGCCGCACUGUCCGGGAGCUGUGCGGCGCCCACCCCGCGGCGUGCCCCUCCCUGGCCCUCAGCGAGGAUGCCCGCUUCCUGCUGACGGCCGCCGGCCGGGCCGUCACCGUGUGGGACUACUCAGCACAGCCCAGCCCCGGCUCCCAGGUGUACAUCGGCCACUCGGAGCCCGUGCGGGCUGUGGCCUUCACCCCCGACCAGCAGCAGGUCCUCAGCGCGGGGGAUGUCGUCUUCCUCUGGGACAUCGUGGCCACCUCUGAGAGGCAAGUGUCCGUCCUGGACCGUGUCUGCCCAAGCCUCCUGCCGGGCCCCCUGACACCUUCUCCUUGUCUCCUCAGUGACCGGAGCUUGCCCAGGCCCCCCCCAGCCCGUGAGGCCGCGCGGCUCCUUCGUCCCCAGGCCCGGGCCCAGGACAGCUGGAGGACGCAGCAUCUGGGGCCAGUGGGCUCCCUCGGCCACAGGCGCCUCUGCCAUCGCAGGGCCCCCCGCUGCGGCCAGACGUCCGAGCCGGGCCCCUUGAGGGCGAUGAUGGUGAGGGGCGGGGGUCCUGCGGGUCCGGGAGGUCACGGGGCCAAACUGCGGCACCUGUGCGUGUCCAGCCCCGGGGUGUGGCUGCCAUCACCUCACUGCCGGAGGCGCGGGCGGGUCAGGGAGGGGCUCCUUUUCUCUCCCCACUGCCCCGCAGACGCACUCACCACCUCGAGUGAGGAAGGACCCUGUGAGAAAAGUCGCAGCCCCGAGGGGCUUUGCCAGGCCUCAGGCCCACCCGAGCUGGAGGAGAAGGCCGGCGGGGCUGGAGACGGGGCCCGGGGGGCUACAGGUGGCUCCUGGGAGCUGGCCGUGCCCCCCUCUCCCUGCGGCUGCCCCCGCGCCCAGAGCACCGGGAAGGGGGGUGCCCAGCCCAGUGCCCACCUGGGCUCCUGCAAGCACUUCCGGGCGUGCCACACGCCACCCGCCAAGGCCCCGGGGCCCCGGCCGGGCGACGCCAGCGCCAGGUCUGCUUCCUCGCAGAGCGUCUGCUUCCCCCCUGCCGGCAGCGCGCGGCUGCGUCUGAAGGCCGUCCUGGGCUACAGUGGGCGCGGCCGGGCCAACAUGGUCUGGAGGCCGGACACAGGCUUCUUUGCCUACACGUGUGGCCGCCUGGUGGUGGUGGAAGACCUGCACUCUGGCGCCCAGCAGCACUGGCACGGCCACCCCGAGGACAUCUCCACGCUGGCCCUCAGCCAUGAUGCCCAGGUCCUGGUUUCUGCCUCGGGCCGCAGCCGCGCGGCUGCCCACUGUCAGAUCCGCGUCUGGGAUGUGUCUGGGGGCCUCUGCCAGCAUCUCCUGUCUCAUCAUGGCACUGCCGUGCAGGCCCUGGCCUUUUCGCCGGACGACAGGCUCCUUGUCACGCUGGGGGACCGUGGCGACUGCACCCUUGCCGUGUGGAGCACAGCCACCUACGACCUCGUGUGCUCCACCCGCCUCCUGGAGCCGGUGCGUGCCGUGGCCUUCAGCCCCUGGGACGCCCACAAGCUCACGUGCUUGGGGCAGCGUGCCGUCACCUUCUGGCUCCUGCAGCAGUGUGGGGCGGACAUCAGCCUCCAGGUGCACCGAGAAGCAGUCCCUGAGGCGGUGGGGGUGGGUGAGCUGACCUCACUCUGCUACGGGCCCCGCCCCCUGGUCUACUGCGGCUCCAGCUCCGGCCAGGUCUGUGUCUGGGACACGCAUGCAGGCCGCUGCUUCCUGGCCUGGGAGGCGGACGACAGCGAGAUUGGCGUGUUGCUGUGCUCGGGCCCCAGGCUGGUCAGCGGCAGCGGGGCGAGGCGUCUGCGCCUGUGGGCCGUGGGGACCGUGCAGGAGCUGAGACGCAGGAGUGCCAGGUCCGGUUCUGUGUUCAUGGAACACGAGCUCAGCCUGGACGGGGGUGUGGUGAGCGCCAGCUUCGAUGACAGCAUGGACAUGGGCGUGGUGGGCACCACGGCCGGCACGCUCUGGUACAUCAGCUGGGCCGAGGGCACCAGCACCCGCCUGGUCAGCGGCCACAGGAGCAAGGUGAAUGAAGUGGUCUUUAGCCCCAGCGAGUCCCACUGUGCCACCUGUGGCGAGGACGGGAGUGUGCGGGUGUGGUCCCUGGCCAGCCUGGAGCUGGUGAUCCAGUUCCAGGUGCUGAACCAGAGCUGCCUCUGCCUCGCAUGGAGCCCCCCGUCCUGUGGACGCCCAGAGCAGCAGCGGCUGGCGGCGGGCUACAGCGACGGCACGCUGCGCCUCUUCCGCAUCUCCCGGACCGCCCUGGAGCUCAAGAUGCGCCCCCACCCGUCCGCCCUGACGGCCAUUGCCUUCUCCACUGACGGUCAGACCGUCCUCUCUGGAGACAAGGAUGGGCUGGUGGCUGUGAGCCGCCCUUGCACAGGGAUGACCUUCCGAGUGCUGAGUGACCACCGGGGGGCCCCGAUCUCCACCAUCCAGGUCACGAGCAAAGAGUACGGAGACCUGGGGGUGCAGGGCACGGACCUGUGGCUGGCUGCCAGCGGGGACCAGCGGGUCAGCGUCUGGGCCUCCGACUGGCUGUGGAACCACUGUGAGCUCCUGGACUGGCUGAGUUUCCCAACGACUGCUGUCCUGGAGACACAGGGCCACCCGCUGCCUGCCCUCGCUGCCUUCUGCCCCUGGGACAGGGUGCUGCUGGUGCACGCAGGCCUUGGUGUGCACAAGGAGGUGAUCGUCUACAGCCUCCGCCAGAAGCAGGUGGUGGAGAGGAUAUCGCUGCCUUUCUUUGCCAUAUCCCUGAGCCUGUCUCCGGGGGCCCAGCUCAUGGCCAUCGGCUUCGCUGAGUGCGUGCUGAGGCUGGUGGACUGCGCGCUGGGGACUGCCCAGGACUUUGCUGGCCAUGGCGGUGCGGUGCAGCUGUGCAGGUUCACCCCGUCCGCCAGGCUGCUCUUCACCGUGGCCCACAACGAGAUCCUGGUGUGGGAGGUCACCAGCCACUGAGCCGUGGACCACAGGGCCUGGCAGAGGCAGAGGCCUCGGCAGAGGCUUGACCAAGAAGCCGGAUUGUCCAUGGCCUCAUGCCAGGACAGGUCAGGACUCCGUGUAAAUCAUCAGGACCACGCUGUUGUGAAUGUGGGCAACCUGAAAAUACUUAAAAUACCUGUUGGGUUUUCACCUAAGGAGUUUUUAAUGUUUCCACUUGUAGGUCAAAUAAACGUGUGCGUUUAUUGCUUUA